UCAGACACGUGCCAGCCCACGUGUUUAACAAAUCUUUCAACAUGAUUAGUUUCGUAUUCGCAAUCGGUCCAUUCGCAAGAAAGUUGGAAAACUUCGCGUUUCAGCGGCAAACCAACUCUUCUCCUUUUUGUACCGCAUUCUGACACCGAAUCAAACUCAGAAUCAGUAUUACAACUGUCAUCGUCGUCAGUUUUUCUUUUAUGCUGUAUUUCGUCAGUAUACGUAAAAUUUGUCUGAGAUUCCACCCAUUCGUUACAUCGUUGCUGUACAUCUUUGCUUGUUAUUAACUUUUUCGCGAAUUCUGUCAUUUUUUUCUUUUUUCAAAUUUUAAUUGUACAAGAAAUUCUCAAUUUGUAAAAACACUCAUUUAUCCGUACUUAAUAGCUAAAGUAUGAAUGUAUAUACUUUUCAUGUAUUAUUUAAAAUCUUUUUUUUUUAUUAGAAAAACAAGAGUUCGAAAGGAUUCUGAUCUUGACUUUGAAUUUAAAAGUGUAGUCUAGUUUGUAACUUCCACCUUAUAUCUCUUCUAUCAAUGCUUAUACUUAAUACUUGCUGUUAAGUACCUAACCUGCUUAUAAUUUGAUAUGUAGUAAAGACCAACAUAAAGUGUUCUAUUUGUGAAAGUUUCGAUACUUUACUGCUAAAUGCUGAAAUGUUUCCGUUUCAACAAAUAUGGAAAUUAUCGGCUGCUUCAGCGGGAAUGAAACGCACAAUUCUUCUGUCACAAAUAUCACUACAAAGACACUUCAACAAACAGAAAGGAUAUUCCACAAUUUAUGCGCUCUCUUCUGGUUGUUACACUGUUACUGUACUUUUUGGAUAGUUCACGCCUUUUCUGGAAUUACAUGAAAUAGAUACUUUUAGACUACAUCUUAUUUCGAUACUCUCUUCUACGACAAGUACUUUAACGUUCCGCCAAUUCUAACUGCGCAUGCGCUUCGCAAGUUUAAAACACAGUUGAUUCGUUAAAAAACAAAUAUCUUGAAAUAUAUUAAUAUUGUACGCAAAUAAUAUUUCUAGUCCUGAUAAUAUAGAAAAAAUAAAAUAUUACCAACUUUAAUAACUUAUGACAAAAAGUUUUACACUAAAAGGAUAUGGGAAAUGUGGAGUAGCAGUAAUUAGGAUAUCUGGUCCAGAUGCAUCGAUUGCUCUACAAAAAAUGACUAAAUCAUCUAUUCUGAAACCUAGAAAAGCUGUACUGAAAAAAAUUCAUGACCCAGAAACAAAGGAAUUUCUAGAUAAAGGCUUAUGUCUUUGGUUCCCAGAACCUAAUUCUUUUACUGGAGAGAAUUCUGUAGAAUUCCAUGUUCAUGGAGGUCCUGCCGUAGUAACAGCAAUCCUUGAAGCACUUUCAAAAUUGCAUUUUCAACUUGCAUCUCCUGGAGAAUUUACAAAAAGAGCUUUUUUUAAUGGGAAAUUAGAUUUAACUGAAGCAGAAGGUAUAGGAGAUCUAAUUGAUGCAGAAACUGAAAAGCAACGCAAACAGGCUUUUAUUCAAGCAAGUGGAUCUCUUCACCGUCUCUAUGAUUCUUGGCGAGCAAUCCUUUUAAAUUCUUUAGCUGGUUUAGAAAGUUAUAUUGAUUUUUCUGAAGAGCAUAGUUUGGAAUCGCAUAUCUUGCAAGACACAAAAACGGCAUUGCAAAAAUUAUGUGCGGAGAUUGAACAACAUUUAUCUGAUGGAAGGAAAGGAGAAAUUCUGAGAAAUGGAGUCCGUGUUACAAUCCUUGGAGAACCAAAUGUAGGAAAAAGCAGCCUUUUGAAUCUCCUUUCUAGGAAAAAUGCAGCCAUUGUUACUUCAACUCCAGGAACAACAAGAGACGUUAUAGAAUUAACAACAAACAUUUGUGGAUAUUCAAUGAUUCUUGCAGACACUGCAGGAAUUAGAUAUAAUCCAGAAAAUGAAAUAGAAGUAGAAGGUAUCAGAAGGGCAAAAGAGAGCACAAAAACUGCAGAUCUUGUUAUAUGUUUAAUAAAUGCAGAAACUGAUUUCAAAUGUUCUCUCAAAAAGUAUAUAGAAUACUAUAAGAAUUUUUUAGAAAUACAAGCAAACAAUGUUCUUAUAGUAGUUAACAAAGUAGAUUUAUUAGGCAAUAAAGAUAAACAAAGGUGGAAAAAACACAAUAUUCUUACAAUCUCAUGUAAAACAGAAGAGGGUUUGGAACAACUAACAAAGGCAUUGGGAGAACGUUUCAAGGAAAUAUGUGGUGAUCCAUCUGAAGAAAACCCUGUAAUUAGUCAUGCAAGAUAUAGAAACCAUUUAACAAAUACUGCAGAAUAUAUUCAAGCUUAUUUAGAAAAGACAGAAAUAGAAAAUUAUGAUAUGGCCAUAUCCUUACAAGAUAUUAGAAAUGCAGCAAGAGAAUUAGGAAAAAUAACAGGUUCCAUUAACAAUGAGGAAGUUCUUGAUAUUAUUUUCAAAAAUUUUUGUAUUGGAAAAUAAAGAUUAUAUAAAAAAAUGAAAUAUCUGAUAAAAUAGAGAGGGAAAUAUAAUUAUAAAUAAUAUUCUAAUAGUUAAAACAAUUUAUUUGACAAUAUAUCAUAGCAUUUUACCUUUCUAACAAAGAAUAUGGAAAGAAAAUUUAAUUGGAACUGUAAUUAUCAACUUUCUUUUGGUGUUUCUUUCUCUCUUUUCAAGGGCGUUACAUCAACGUCGUCCAGGUUUAUAUUUUGAUCCUUCAUAGCUUGCUAAAAUACAAAAUGAUCAUAUUAAUUGACACCUCUUUAUGUAAUUUAAAGACAUCAUUGAGAAGUAUUAUGAGACAUAGAUAUGAGAAUGAUAUAUAUAUAAAAUAUAUCAUUUAUAUUUUAUAUUGUAUUAUCAAAAAAUAAAAAAAAAUAGUUAAUAAGGAAUAAGUAUUUGAUUUUUAUAAUUUCUAAACAUAUUUUCUGUUAAAAUAUGUUAUUAGGACUUGCGACAAAAUAUAUAUUAAAUUUAUGUUAAAAAUAUUGCUACGUGAUUUGAUAAUAACGUUAUUGAGGUUAAGGUA